AAGCGAGGCUCACAACAACUCCAAAACCGUGUGAUCGAGGUGCCACAGGACAUGACUGUGGGGCCCCAGGAGCAGCACCUCCCGACACACUGCAGCUGGAAGGCACUCCUCCGAGUUCCCUUAGUGCUUCCCAGGUGUUCACUCAGCCAAGCAGAGUCAUCACCUCGGAGACCCCUCAGGACGGAGCCAAGGCAAGGACACUUCUGGGACCACGAUGAACUCGCUGGUUUCCUGGCAGCUGACGAUUUUCCUCUGUGCCGUCUCCUUCAGGGAGACAUUAGAAAAGGCGACGCCCAUGGAGAACCCUAGAGCCACAGGCCCGCGGCUCAGACCUCCGGCGCUCCUGGCCUCCAGGGCGCAGAGCCCGCGGUGCGCGGAGAGGAAGCCCGCCGCUGCCGGGCCGAGCCCUCGGGGGGCCUCGCUGUGCCCUCCACCCGAGAGCUCCGCUGGGCCCCAGCUGCCGGGCCUGUGCGCCCCCCGCAGUCGCCUGAUCCCCGCCCCGCGCGGCGCGGUGCUGGUGCAGCGGGAGAAGGACCUGCCCGCCUACAACUGGAACUCCUUCGGCUUACGUUACGGAAAGCGGCAGACUGCGCCGCCCGGCAGCCGCGGCCACGGCGCCGGGCAGGGCUGA